AUGCCUGUGAACACCACAUUGCAGGCUGAAUGUAACAGGAAUGAACUAAUAUUAUCAAACGCUCAUUAUCACUCUACCCAGGAUACCUAUGCUAUUGAUCUUAUGCGCGAUAUUUGGACAUUGUCCGGCAAUGUAGUUCAAAAAUUGUUGGUGUACGAUACGAUAAUAGGAGAUCUCUUGCUGAGAACUCGAGCAAUGCGCCACAUUCCAGAAUUUAUAGAUGUCUUCGCCCCCAUCCUGCCGCGACUCUUGGUUAUUCUGAUUAUCGAUCUGUAUACCGGGGAGGCAUGGGUAAACUUGUGUAAAGGUAGUUCAAAACAAGACGGUGGCGAGCUGUUGAAAGAGGUUUCAGUCUCCAUCUUGCUAAAAAAGGAAAGCACAGAUCGAUCUUUCGUCACCUAA